GUUCCGUUUUAGUGGUUUUGAGUAGCGGUUUAUUGAAACACACCAGAACAUGGACUAUUACAAGUGUGACUACAAAUCCCAGAAGGCCAAGGGGGUCUGGUGGUAUCCAGGAAGUGGGCAACCGUCGUCAACCAAACUUUCACCUCUGGAAAGUGCUUUUUCUGCAAGCUUUGGGAUGUUUUGGCGGUCGCUGUUGGUUGGUGUUUUAACUCUGUACAUUAAAGGCAGAUUUGAGACAUGAACAUCCCCCACAGCUCUGUGCCUCAGGGGGCCCGCCCUGGUUCAGCCAGGGUCUUGGUAACUGAGCUGAGUGGAUCAGAACAUAUCAACCCAACCCCUCGACCCUGUGAAGACCUGGAUCUCUCUGAGUCAUGCCUUACCCUAGACACACUGGAAUUAUUGUGUGGAACACAGGAACUUUCAGAGGUGACAUCACUAGAAAUGUGUUUAAACACACAAGACAACACAGUGGGCAACUUUGGGGCAUAUCUUCCUAAGCUGGAACAACUUAAAAUGAGCAAUAGUGUAAUAAAGUCAAUCAGAGAUAUAGGAAGUUCCCUCUCUCAGCUGCAGGUUUUGUGGAUGCCAUGCUGCUGUCUGGAAGACUUGGAUGGUAUUUCAUCACUAUCCACUCUCAGGGAGCUGUACCUGGCUUACAACAAAGUGUCAGACCUGAGUCAGGUGGGCAUGCUGGAGAACCUGCACAUCCUGGACCUCGAGGGGAACGACGUGGAUGACCUGGUUCAAAUUCAGUUCCUGGGACUGUGCACCAAGCUCCAGAAUCUCACUCUAGAUGGAAACCCCAUAUGCAAGAGCCCAAAUCCAACUGUACUCCAGACAGCCGACUACAGUUAUCCAGCAGCCGUGCGGGAGUUGAUCCCUCAGUUGCGUUACCUUGACAACGUGAAGGUGGAGGAGGAGGGCCUUAGCUGCAGUCGCACCAUGGGAGAGGACUGGGAAAUUCUUCAAAACUCCAUCAAAGACUUGACUCACCUAGAUACAAACUAUGACGCAUCAGCUGGCAGGACGCCUCCUCUGAGUCGGCCCCCGUCAGCCCGGCGCCCCUACACCAGUCUCUCCCGUGUCCGGCCACGCUCAUCUCAAAGCCCAAGACCCUUCACUGCCUCGAGGCCGACCACAGCACUCGGCCUCUCCUCUCCUUCUGGGUCCAGACCAGGAUCUUCAGACUCAGGAUUAUCAGCCGAAGAUGUAGAGAGCAGCUCCCUCACACAUGGGUCUACCAAAAUCCUGUUCUGUGGAAAUCCUGUCCAGGCUAUUCGAGCGAGGCGAGAAAAACUGCGGACGGCACCCACGACUUCGGCCUUAACACCGCGGGAGCUGCCCCUUCACAUCCCCGAGCACACGUAUGAUGUGGAAGAGCCUGAUGACAAAGGUCGCUGUGAUGUGUUUGCUGAACUCCGAGUGUGGAGAAAAGAACACAGCAGGCGUCUUGAGGCAAUAAAAACAGAAAAGCUUCCACAGAUUUUAACAAUUCGACACAGUGAUGAUGAGGACAACGAAGAUGAAGAUUGUUUUGAUAGUCUCAGAAAUUCUAGUUCUGAUGAAGAGGAUGAGGAGAAACGGCAUUCACCAGAAACUUUGCUCCAGUCUCCUUCACCAGACAUCGACAGUUUCUCGGGUGCAGCUCAAAUCUCAUCCCCAGACUCCAUGCUGUUACCAUCUCCCCCGGGCAGCGCUGCGUCCCAAACUGUCCGCAAAGCACCAGGGAUUCGAACACGUAGACUCAUACAGGUCAAUACAGAACUCUUGCCUGAUUUCAAGAGUAUAAAGCGCCACCUAGCUGCAGCUUCUGUAAGUGACAUGAAACCACAGGAUAGCAGGCGACUCACAGGCUCAGAUGUAAAGGUUUCUUCACACCCUCCUCGAAUACCUCGCCCUCCUCCAUUGAAAGGAAUCGCCCAUGGACUGAGGCCUUCAUGUGCCGGUGCAACGUCUGGGAACAAUUCAUCUGAAAAUAUGGAAAGAUCAUCGUUUACUCGCCCCCACACAGCCAGUGCAGCUCUACAGAAACAUUACCAGCACCAUCUGUCUGCGACCAGCAGGGGGAGCUCUCAGCCUAAAUAACCACAACACCAGUUUCAUUUUCAAGACUAUUAGCUCCCCAGUGCCUUGGAAUUAUGUAAC